UCAUUACUAUCAAAGAUGGCGAGUACAGGAAAAAUGGACAUGAAAUCGUUGAACGGGCCGCUGAGCGAUAUUGCGGCCAGAAAUACCCACAAAAUGGCAAUAACGAGGAACUAUAUUUCACAGCCAAGAAUAACAUAUAAAACAGUAUCAGGUGUAAAUGGACCUCUUGUCAUCUUGGAUGAUGUUAAGUUUCCCAAAUAUGCAGAGAUUGUCCACCUGACGUUAGCUGAUGGCAGCAGCAGAAGUGGACAGGUGUUAGAAGUCAGUGGCUCAAAGGCCGUUGUACAGGUAUUUGAGGGUACCUCAGGAAUUGAUGCCAAACACACACUCUGUGAGUUCACAGGAGACAUUCUGAGAAUGCCUGUGUCAGAAGACAUGUUGGGUCGAGUGUUCAAUGGUUCAGGAAAGCCUAUAGACAGGGGACCACCUGUGUUAGCUGAAGACUACUUAGAUAUCCAAGGUCAGCCUAUUAACCCCUGGUCUAGAAUUUACCCUGAGGAGAUGAUUCAGACAGGUAUCUCAGCCAUAGACACCAUGAACAGUAUUGCCAGAGGACAGAAAAUCCCCAUCUUCUCUGCAGCUGGUCUGCCCCACAAUGAAAUUGCUGCUCAGAUUUGUCGACAAGGAGGUCUUGUCAAGCUCCCCGGGAAGAGUGUGCUGGAUGACCACGAGGAUAACUUUGCUAUUGUCUUUGCUGCUAUGGGUGUCAACAUGGAAGCUGCUAGGUUCUUUAAACAAGACUUUGAAGAGAAUGGUUCUAUGGAGAAUGUAUGCUUGUUCUUAAACUUAGCUAAUGAUCCAACAAUUGAGCGUAUCAUCACACCUAGGAUAGCUUUAACUACAGCUGAGUUUUUGGCUUAUCAGUGUGAGAAACACGUGCUGGUCAUCUUAACAGACAUGAGCUCAUACGCAGAUGCAUUGAGAGAAGUUUCAGCAGCCAGAGAGGAAGUCCCAGGUCGACGUGGUUUCCCUGGUUACAUGUACACAGAUUUAGCCACAAUUUACGAGAGAGCUGGGCGAGUAGAGGGUCGUAACGGAUCUAUCACACAGAUUCCUAUCUUAACUAUGCCUAAUGAUGAUAUUACCCAUCCCAUUCCUGAUUUAACGGGUUACAUCACAGAGGGGCAGAUUUAUGUAGACAGACAGCUUCAUAACAGACAGAUCUACCCACCAAUCAAUGUGCUACCUUCCUUGUCUCGAUUGAUGAAAUCUGCCAUUGGAGAAGGCAUGACAAGGGAAGACCACUCUGAUGUGUCUAACCAACUGUAUGCCUGUUAUGCCAUUGGUAAAGACGUCCAAGCUAUGAAGGCCGUGGUCGGAGAAGAGGCCUUGACCCCAGAUGACCUCUUGUAUCUAGAAUUCCUGACCAAGUUUGAGAAGAACUUCAUUUCCCAAGGUCACUACGAAAAUAGAACAAUCUUUGAAUCUCUAGACAUUGGUUGGCAGUUACUCCGAAUCUUCCCCAAACAAAUGUUGAAGCGAAUUCCCCAGUCCACACUAGAGAAGUACUACCCCCGUGACGCACACAAGAAAAACACCGGGGCGGGCCCCAGCAAAGCUCCUGAACACAGCACACAGUUAUAGGACUGUCAUAGCAGUGAACUUGGAUCAUUCCAAUCAUAUUGAUCAAAUCAUGUAUCCAGUGGCAAUAUCAUGACGAUUGACUUCUGGUAGACAACUAGUGCUCAUAUCCCAAUGUAAUAAAAAAAAUUGUCAGGGUAUCCCGUUUCUCCUUCAAAUUAUAUUCAUCAUCAGGUAAUCGUGCUAUAUUCUUACAAGUGUUAAGCUCUUGAGUCUCCCGUUUUCAGAGAAAUUACCUUACUUUAGUGCUGCCAAGUGCUACUUUAAAUAUCAAAUUAUUAAAUGCCAUGGUACAGAGCUGAUGAAUUUGUAACAUGUACAUUGUGUCGGAAUGCCAUUGUAUCAUCUGAGAGUCUGGUGCAAGUCUAGUCUUUUUGAAGGCAUUAGUUGAUGCCCUUCAAGAGUAUUUAUACAUGGCUGUAGAAUUAACCUAGAAAUCACUGGGUUGUAGAGCGUACACAAUGAGUGGUCUCUAUAUAUCUAUAACUUGUAUUACUAAUUUCUUGUGAUAUUUUAAUAUUACUGUUAAGUGUGUUUGAAAGUAUGAGAAAGCAUAGUUUGCUUUUGUUCAAACUUGAUUUAACAUUCUAUUUGUAUUUACAUGUAAACCUAGACAGUUGUAUUUUUUAUGACAAGGCAUUACAGUUAGAUUAUCUGCAUAUAAACUUUUUAAGUGAUGUAUGUGUAUUUAUUUUAACAGGGUUCUUAUUUUCGAUUGACUUAUUAGUCCAUGACAUCAAAUGGCUGAAAUUAGAAUGUGUUAAAAUAAUACACAUACAAUAUCCAGAAAGACACACCUAGACCAAUACUAAAUUCCCAUCACAUUAAAGUACUCAGAAUAGCUUUGUGAUAGAAAUCUUCCAUGUUAGUCGGAUGUAAAUAUUAACUUAGAUUAUUGAGCAGGCUGAUGUAGAAGCGACGAAGCAGAUUAAUUAAUGAGUGUUAAGCGCUAAUUGUCUCGUCUCUGUAAAUUUUGUGAUAUAAGAUUAUCUUAGAUAAUAUAUUUGAUUCUUUUGUGAAUGAAAAAAAUAAUGAAAUAAAAGUAAUACUCAAA